UAAUGUUCUUCUAACGUUACCCUGCUAUGCGUUUGAUUAAUAGAAGACUAAUUUAGAACAUCUAUCACUGGCUUUUAUUUUGACAUUCGUUGUAAGCACAUCCGUUUUGUCGUUUUUGGAUUCAGACGACAAAAACGGAAAACAAGUGCUUUUCCGUUAACCCGUUUUUGGUUUCAAACAGAAAACGAAGAAACCACGGUAUUUUCGAAUGAACCAUAAAACAAACGAACAAAACGUACACGGACCACCCGGUCGCAAUCUUCGGAGCUCUGGUAUCGUUUUGCCCAUUUCUAGGAGGAUGCAAUGCUAUUCUUUUUCGGUUAAAAUAUAUUUUGGUACACAUUAACGUUACACUUGUCUGCUAGCGUUGGAAAAGCAGCCACUAGGAUUCUACGUGAACGUCACUUAGCGUCACCAUGUAGCGUUCAUAUGAACUCAUUUCAGAACAAACCACCGGCUAAAUGCUGUCAAUUUAAUACACCUUCAUAUUGUUGGGUCGAGGUGCAUAUCUUGGACUGUAUAUACCGAUCAAUACAAAUAUGAUUACAUUUAUCAAGGUCCUUUCAAUCAGUAACAAUUGUAUCUGACGACAUAAAGGCAUCACAUGUAACGUUACGACUCGCUUUUUGACCUUUGACGUGGAAGAAACGCGUCACCUUUGGACCUUUCUGACAAACAAGCAGUACCAGCAGACGCUAAUGAGAUGGACAACGUGGUGAAGCACAGGAGGCUCGAACCACAGACAGACUUCAUCUACUGUUGUGGAGCCAUUACUGAGGUUCUAAAAUGUGGCUCCUGUCAGUUACACUCUGGACACAAGGUGCUUUUUCUCAUCAUUCCAGGUAACCCAGGUGUAGUGGGCUUCUACAGAACCUUUAUACAAACUAUUCACAGUAUGUUUGGCUACCACUACCCAGUGUGGGCUGUAAGCCAUGCUGGCCACUGUGUACCACCAGACUCCAUGGACAUGGUUGAAGAUGUCUCCUCGGCAGCAGAGCGUGACGUGUUUGGUCUUAAUGGGCAGAUUGAACACAAGCUGGCCUUCCUCAGGAGACAUGUUCCCAGUGAAACCAGCUUGGUGCUGGUGGGACACUCGAUUGGCUGCUACAUUAUUCUGGACAUCAUGAAGAGAAAUCCUAAACUCAAGAUUAUCAAAGCCAUCAUGCUGUUUCCCACUAUCGAGCGCAUGGCUGAGACUCCUCAGGGGAAGGUCAUGACCCCUGUGCUGUGUCAUAUGCGUUAUGUGGCAUACCUGCCUCUCUUCCUGCUCUCUCUGCUGCCCGAGGGACUCAAAGCCAGCCUGAUUAAACUGGUGUUUGGCAGCAUCCGGUCUCUGGACCACACUGUAGUCCAACCUACUGUAGGUCUACUCAAUGGAGACUGUGCAGUUAAUGCUAUGUACAUGGGGGGUCAAGAAAUGAGGAAAGUUCUGGAAAGAGACAACAUCACUAUCAAGAAAAACCUUGAAAAGCAGCGGCAUGCCAGCAACCACCAGGCUACACACAGGCCCCAGCAGCAGCAUGCCAGCAACCACCAGGCCUAGCCCAGGCCCCAGCAGCAGCAUGCCAGCAACCACCAGGCCUAGCCCAGACCACAGCAGUAGCAUGCUAGCUACCACAGGCCUAGCCCAGACCACAGCAGCAGCAUGCCAGCUAACACCUGGCCUAGCCCAGACCACAGCAGUAGCAUGCCAGCUGCCACCAGGCUACACCCAGGCCCCAGCAGCAGCAUACCAGCCACCACUGGGUCAGCCCCAGGCCCCAGCAGGCCCCACAACAACAACAAAAGCAGCUAACACCAUCAGCGCCUGGUCUGCUAGCCGAGCAGGUCCUACUAUAUGUUAAAGAAUUUCCACACAACUCAAACACCAACUGAAAGAAUUAUGAAAAUAUCAUAAUCAUCAUUUUGUCAGGAGUCAGCCCACUCAGCACAUUUCCGGAACUAGC